CACUUUGUUUUUUAUUUUUAAUCCAAUCCAAUUUUCUAAGGUACUGUUUGAGGUGGUUUAUUUGCCAGUUACAGCUAUUUAUAUAUUCUGAGUAUUAUGCCCAUUGCACAUAGUGUCCAAUAAACCUUAUUAACUUACCACCAUCUUUCCAUACCAUUAAAAAUAUCUAUUCACCCAAUUAAGCAUUCACGCGCCAAAUCAUCUUAAAUUUCCCUUCAUUUCGAGCUUCUGACUUUCUUGCUCACAUUUUUCCAUUUCUUGGCAACGGCUAAACUUUUCUUACCUUCGCUUAUUUUAAUUGUAAAAGUGAAUCAAUUUCCUGCGCAGUAAAUAGACAACAAAAACAAGUAAACUAAAUUUACUUAACUUCAAUUGCUUCGGUUUUGUGUGCAACUGGCGUGUUUUGAAUUUAAAAAGCUUCAACUUUCCUAUUUUCGCUAACCAUUAUUAAUUUUUCCCUCUCGUGUUUGCUUUUAAACAAAUUUUAGUUGAUGUGAUAAACAAGCGAGCUAACUUUAUGUUCAGUCGGUUUGUUUUCAGAUGCUACCCUUUUACUGUUUAAUAUUUUCACCAAUUAUUACCAUUUUUGCCUUUUUGACAGCCUAAUUUGUUUAAAUUCCACCAUUUCACAUUCACAAAACCUGCCCUCAUAACAUCCCCAGGGAAUGAAAUCUAGUCACGGGGAAUAUUUGAACCGCAGCGGCGCCUGUAGCGCAAACCCGGGAGUCGAAACGAUUAACUACCGUCAUAGUCGUAGCCAAAGUUACAAUUACGGAAAUAGACCGCGUCAAACUGACAUUAACAACAGUAACAGCGCGCAAAACAAUUCCACUAAUAACAUUAAUAACGAAAGUUCAAUCAAUCAUAACAAUCCUACCAAUUAUUCUUACCAGACUAACCAACGGUCAGUUAGCUAUAACAGGACAGGUCAUAGUGUUCGUUUUAAGUCGCCCUUCACAAGCAACAGUUUCGACUCAACUUCAGCAUCCAACAGCGCGAGUUCGACUCCCAUCCACUGCGUCACACCAGCGAGAGGCAUGAAGACCCGCAAAUUUAUCAGCGAACAGGACAUUAUGGGUACCCCGCAGAAAUCAGGCUGCAACGCAAAGUACAAUGCUUCGGGUCAGUUGAUACCGAGACGGAUCCUGAUCGCGGUGGACGGGAGCGAGAACAGCGAGAUGGCGUUCGACUGGUACAUGAACAACCUCCGGGAUGACAAACGAGACGUGUUGGUGUUACUGCACGUGAGCAAUAGUUCCCACAGCAUGCCCAUACACUCGGGAGUGGACAUACCACAACGUAGUUUCGAUGCCUUCAACGAGGCGAGGAGAAGCAGUUCGUCGCAGAUAGUGACAGAUGUGGUGGAGCUCUACGAGGACAAGGCCAGAGAGGCGGGUCUAAAUUCCAGUGGGUACGAACUCAUACACAUGAACGACGGAAACACAGCGAAGACAAUUUGCAAGUACGCCAAGAACAAUAACAUCGACCACGUGAUCAUGGGCACACGUGGCUUCUCCAAGAUCAGAAGAAAACUACUCGGCAGUGUGAGCGACUACGUGUUGAACAACUGCAUUGUAUCCACCACCGUAGUCAGACAACCCCAUGAAGACAAGUGAAGAGAGGGAGGAGAGGGGGAUGAUAUGGAGAUAAAGGAGGAGUUAGGAACAUAUUAUGUGUUCAAGAUGCAGACAAACAAUGAAUGCUGUCUGAGAUCUUGCAGUUGAAUUCAUUCGUAGUUGCGUUUUAGAUAUAUGUUAUCAAUAUUAAUUCAAUUCUUGUCUGGA